ACCAAAGCUGAACCUUUUAAGAUCAAAUACUCACCCAAGACCAGACAGAAGAUGCGGGCAGCGAGGAGAAAAAGCUUUGGGGAGUCUGACCGAAACUCCCAGGCCGGGCUAUCAGACAAGGGCAGUGUAACGCAGUACCAUUUGUCUGGCCGAGAGAAUACACAAAACAGACAUAGUGGUUACUAUGACAACUACUCAAAUUCUGAAAACAACAGUUCUCGGCAGCGGGACAGCUACGGCCAGGUGCAAUCUUCCCCAGUGGUUCACAUGCAGGACAUGCAGAUGGCGCCGGUCGUCAGGACCCGGAACUCUCACCCCGUCAACAUGGACGUGAGUCAGCACAGUCAACACAGCAGUCAUAGUCAACAGCCUCGCCACCACUACCACCGCGAGGAGCGCAGCAGUGUGUACCAGGAGGUGCACGAGACCUCAAGGAGCUCGCAUCACCAUCACAGCCAGCGGGACGGGUCCACAGUCAGCACCUUCAACCCAGAGCAGUACAACACACAGAGAUCUGAUCCUUACAAAGAGCAGCUUCAAAGAUGGCAGAAAACUUUAAUUCCCCCCAAGGAUAACAGAAUGUGGAACAAAUAUCAUAAUUACAAACGGUCUCGGGGGGCUGUUGAGGGGGACAGAUGGAGCUCUGGGGGCCGCUCCACGCACGCUCCCCAGGGCAGCGGACACCAUGCCUCGCAACAUAACACAUCUCAGCAGACCAGACACCAUCAGAAUAGCUUCCAGUCUUCACACAACUCUGGGUACCACCAUCUUCCCGAGGGCCCCACCCACACGGCCCCUCCCCUGGCACCAAACCCCUACCACCGGUCAUCCUACAAUGGCAGUGUCCAGUCCAACUCUCGAAGUCACAUAGAUCCGUCAAAACGUCUGUCAUCUGGGUCUCGCUAUGCUCCCCCGUCCCGUCCGUCACCGGCACCAAGUGACCAAUCAGGAAGCAGAAGCAUCAACAGCAGCAUGACCUCUGAAACUGUCUCGCAACACAUCCGACCACCAGGCUACACCUCGGAUCUGUGCACUGAGUUAUGAUAGGAGAUAGAAGAUGUAGAUUGUUACUGUGCUGGACCUGGGAGAGAGGCUUGUUGCCCAGCAACAGAUGGAGAGAGAGAGAGAUGACAUAUGGAAUAGCCAUCGUAUCUACCGGUAGUACAAUUUGCGGUCAUUGUAAUGGAAGACAUGGUCACCUAGAUGAGUGAAAAAUAAGCCCAAACCAGUACGUCAGCUUUUGUUUGGCUUCCACAUUGCGAGGUCAUUGGAGCAGAAGCCUUCAUAGAUUCAGGGUUAAACUGAGCUUGUGACCUUGCUGUCGACAUCUUACUGCCAUCAGUUGCUUGUAAGAAUGGAUAUCAAUGAAGAGUCAGUGUCAUCCUGCCUUACAAACUUUACCGAACUCUAGUCACUUCACUCUGGACCUGUUCUCUCGGUGUGCUGCUAGGCAACAAGAGGUGUGUGUAUGGAUGACUGUGCGUGAAUGGAUUUAAUGGAAGAGGAUCGGCACUCCCAGUUGUGAUGAUUGUCAUGACCUGGGUUUUCAUUGUACCUCUAGGAGUAUCUCCCCUUGUAGCUAACUCUCUGAGGACUGCUAGGUACGAACACUUUAUUCAAUGGAGAUAUUCAUCAUAAUCAUGUCUUGCACUGUAAGCAUGUCAAUCAAGGGGAGAUAAAUCUAGGCAUCGUGGGGAGCCUUGUUCGUGAAGCAGAUCCUGCUUCCUAUAUUAAAGUUGUUAAAUUUGCUGUCUACAAGGUGAUAUUGAUCGUGUCUCUACGUUCUUCUUCUGUAGACGUUGAUCAAACUGUAUCUAUGUUGAUGUGAUGUCAAAUGGGACGCCCAGUCAGAUCAACAUCAACAUCAACAUCAGGAUCAGGGUUAUAUCAGGUCUCUGGACAGAUCUGAUCCGUAUCAGGGCGGGUAUUAAUCAGUAUCAUACUAAUAUCAAACCCUUAAGGGUGCAAAGAUACAGUUUCAGAUGUCAAUACUGAGUUUUUAUGAUAUCAGUAAAUAUAAAUUUUCAUAUAUAAUGGUAUGUAUCAUAUCGCAAACUUCAAUAAUAAUGUGCAUUCUGCCACAACUGUAUAGUUGCACCCUCAAAGGUCAUGUGCACCCUUUCACAUCGCAUGCCCUGCAUAUGGUGUUCUGACUCCCAACAGUUUGUGAAUGUCCGACUCAUGGUAUCUGAUAAAAGAUUAACUUGUGUAAGAGCUUUUCAAAUCUUCUUUACUAAUAGCCGAGAGCCAUCUAUUCUUCCAUCUCCCAGAGAAGUGCAUGUAUUCGCCAUGCCCUGUUUUCUCGGAGGUGGACAGUAGUCAACUGUAGCAGCUGUGCCAUUGUAGUCCUGAAUGGAGGAUUAAUACUCGGUUGUGCUUGCCUCACAACUACUUACUGAAUCUGGUGUACACAGUGUAUGUAAUUUAUUCAAGCAUGUAUUUAUGUCUUCCUCUGUAUUGGAGCAUAUUCACCAGCUGAAGGUCGUGUUAGACUAGUGCUGCGAGACCAACUCACAUUCCAGCGUUCUUGCGAGGGAACCAAGGUUCCGCCAUCUUGGUUUCCGGGCAGUAGUGUAUCUGGGAGAUCCCCAGGCGUGUCGGAGGUCAAGACGGCCAUGCCACGUGUAAAUGUGGAUGUUUUAUGCUGCCGGGGAACAGUUUCAAAUAUUUCUGUCAGAAUUGCUCAGUAUGGAGGAUAGUAAAAGAUUUGUUUGAAUUUUCCCUGAAGAGAUUAAUAUCAUAUUGGACAGGAAAAUGUUUGCAAAUAAUAUCAGGCAAAUGAUGUCAAUUUGAAAUAUUCUAAAAUAUGUUAUCGUAUUAGAGAUUGUCAUAUUUAGUCAUUAGCGAAACUGUAAUUUACAUAUUUGUAAGUGUCAUGUACUAAACCAUACAAGGUAGAUUUGAGGAAUGUUUUCAAUAAAAACAAAACGUCAACAGUUCUGACAGUGAAUGAGUGAGUGAAUAUUUGUGCCCCACUUUUAACAGUGUUACAGCCAUAUAACAUGACUGUGACAUGUCAGUUAUCACACAGCUAACCCUUACUGGGAACCAAACAUGCUCAGUUUAGUGCACGACCAACAGGGUUUGUAAGGAUGGAUGAGAAUGUCUGAUGUCGGCCAUCGUGAUUCCUGGUCAGCAGGACAAGCUUCCUGUAUUUCAGCAUCAAGUCAGUCAGUAUUUGUAAUAUUUGAUAGGCAAUAUUUAUUUCACCACCCAAUAUUUGUAUAUUUGCAAGGUAAUGUCAUGUUGAACAGUAGAAAUGAAAUGAUAUAUAGAGAUUUAACCACCACUAAUUGUUACAAUGUGUCCAGGUAGGUUACUGCUGUUGUCCCAGCCAUCUGUUCCCAGCAUGGAUGUGCAUAUCUGCAUCAAGUGUCUAGUUUGAAGCAUACAGUUGUGUGGGCAAUGGUAUUGUCUGAGCACUUGGAAGCCACCAAUACACUCUCAUUGUUGCCGUUUUGAUGUUACAUUUAAUUAUAAUUCCGAUCGGUUGUAAUGUUGAUCAGACAAACUACAGUAAACUAUGGGUACAACGAACUCAAAGGGAGCACUAAUUCUAGUUCGACAUAACCGUAGUUCGUUAUAAGCAUGUAUUCAGCAUAUAUACAGCAAAUUGCCAGGACCUAAACAAAACACAGUUUGAUAUGCCCGUCGGUUCGUUAUAAGCAUGAUCGUUGUAAACAUAGCUUACUGUAGAUAGAUUGACCAAACAGCUGAUGAUGAUGUGAUGCAGUUAUUGAUGUGUUGAUGCAGUCCAUGAUAAAACUUUAAACAUGGACUGUUACAUGCAGGAUAAGUGCCCCACUGAAUUGUACCAAUGGCUGAAAAGUUGCGUCUUGGAUUACCUUAGCAAUAUGGCAAAAAUGGACAUGUCCUCAUGGACUCUUACAGGUUUUGUGGACCUUUCUUCACCAUUUUUUAAAACACAGAACUGUAGAAAAGGACAAAUCAAUUGAAAAGUCAAAAGGUCUUCUUGCUAUUUCAGUGCCUGUGGUUCCAAUAUAAACAUUUGCUUUUUCAUUUUUCAAAUUUCUUUUCCUCAAAAAAUGUGGAAGUCUAAAAGAAUAAGUGUCAUAUUUACUAUUAUUUUAAAAAUCUGGAUUCUUAUAAAGAGAUUCAUUGUUCCCUAUGGGCAACCUCAGGUCAACAUUGAGAGUGUAUUCAUCUAGUAGCACUUCCACCCAUUCACCAGCCUAGAGCAAGUUACACAUUGUGUGUAGAGUACCCAUCAUGCAUCUGGUGCUGCUGCAGUACAGCAGUUACCUCCCCUGUGUGAUACCAUGUUAUACACUGGAUGUCGUUGAUAGAAGAACGUCACUUCUUGUUUUACAGGAACAAGCUUUUAUUAGCAUUGUCCAGGAACAUCAUGUUUGUUUUCCGUGAUGUUGAUGUCAAAUGUUGCCAUCUUCAGCUGUUAUUACCGAUUUUAUAAAUAAAAAGUUAUUCUGUGAAAACAAA